GCUACUUUGGGGAGCACCGGCUCGCUUGUGAUCGGGGAGAAGAUGGUGUCAGUGACUAUGGCUACAUCAGAAUGGAUCCAGUUCUUCAAGGAAGCCGGGAUCCCGCCAGGACCUGCCGUCAACUAUGCGGUGAUGUUUGUCGAUAACAGGAUCCAGAAGAACAUGCUGCUAGAUCUGAACAAGGAGAUCAUGAAUGAGCUCGGCGUGACUGUGGUGGGUGACAUCAUCGCCAUCCUCAAGCACGCCAAGGUGGUGUACCGCCAGGAUGUGUGCAAGGCGGCCGCUGAGUCAUUGGCUUCGAGCCCCAGCCACCUGCAGGCGGAGCUCAGGCGCAGCGCCACUAGUGCUGCCUCUCGGAUGAUUGCUAACAGCCUGAGUCGGGACUCUCCACCCAGCACCCCUGCCAGGCGUCCUGAUGCCAGUGCCUCCAAGAUCUCUGUCACUGUCUCCAACAAGAUGGCCGCCAAGCACGCCAAAGCUGUUGCUCUAGGCCAGCUUGAAGAGGAGAAUGUGGCUGUGCCAGUGAAGCGGAGACGCCGAGUGACCGCUGAGAUGGAAGGGAAAUACAUCAUCACCAUGCCCAAGGGAACCACACCUCGGACACGGAAGAUCCUGGAGCAGCAGCAGGCGGCCAAAGGUGUCCAGAGGACGUCUGUGUUUGAUCGGCUCGGAGCCGAGACUAAGGCUGACACGACAACUGGAAACAAGCCCACAGGAGUCUUCAGCCGAUUAGGUGAUGCCCUGGAGACAGAUGAGGAGCGGGCAGGAGACAGUGACGAUGACAGCUCCGUUCUCCAGUAUGCUGGGGUUCUGAAGAGGAUGGGCAAGUCCUUUUCCAAGGAGAGCACCCCACUGGGGGGGACCGUCAAGGCCAAAGCCACCAGCUCAGAGCCCAAGCCAAUCCCUGCUACCCUUCGGCGCUUAGGGGGCAGCCAGGGCCCCUCUGUUGAGAGAAAGCCAGAGCCGUUGCCCAAAGUCAGCAUCAUCCAGAGACUUGGCAAAGCCACUCUUCCACCCGAAGCUCAGGACAGCCAGGUCACCAGCACAAAGAGUAAGUCCCCAGCUGAGUUCAAGGUUACCAUAAAGAGGACCUUGGCAGGCCCGAGGGUGAGCAGCUCAAGCGAGGGCCAUAGUGCACAGAUGGACAACACGGGCACUAUUAGCGUGUUUAAAAGACUGGGGCGGAAGACUGACUAACCUUGCUGGUAGGGCUCGGAGAGCCAUGCUGGAGCCUCUCUGUACUGUGUCUGCCUUAACUCACACCCCGGCCUGGUCCACCUGGCCCGGCCCCUGCCUCGGCCCACGCUGCCCUUCCUGCGGGGCUCCCGGUUGUGUGUGUCUGCCUUAGACACUCCUUUUAGCUCCCCUUGUCCAAAUUGUACCAAGUCCUCUCAUGAGAACUUGAAAUCUGGCCAGUGAAGUGUGGUGAAGGUGGGCAACAUCAAAGAAAGGUCGUGGGUCCAUCCAGGAAUCUAGCAGCACCCAGAGCUGCUUCUGCCACGGGGCAUGUGUGUGGGGUGGUGGGAGGCAAGGAGUAGAAUUGAGAGCCCAUGGGGGGGGGGGGGGACCAGUGGAGAAAGGUCCUGAGAAGUAGAGGGCUUUCUCUGCAGGAUGCUUGGCUGCCCCCUUCUCUGAUCACCCCUCCAGACAUUCUUUCCCUUUGCUGCUGCCCUCAAGGUUUCUCCCUUCUAGGGAAGGGGACAUUCCUCCCCACUGGUUUUUACCUGGCCCCCAGCUGUUUCCCCUUGCUUCCAACACAGCACCCAAAGGGACCCUGGUCUGAGACCAGCUCUAGGGUCCCUGACAGGAUCCUCAACUCAGGCUCUCCCACCCUUGCCCAGUUUCCCUGCCCCCCCCCCCCCCACUCCCCCCAAGCCAGUCAGAAGGGCCCAGGGGGAGGGCCUGUCAUUCAAAGCUCAGUCCCUUCCUUCCCCUCUGCUGCUUGCUCUAGGUUAUUGUCUUUAGUAGCUUUUCUCCUUCACACUUUUCCUUUCUCUUCUGUUUUCUGCCCUGGUGGGAAGGCCAGACUGCCCGCUGUCCUCUGCCCGAAGCGCGUCUAUCCUCGCCCUCCCCGCGCCCUCCCCGCCGGCCGUGGCGCCGAGCUGUUAGGAACU